UAUUUAUUUUUUUUUAGGUGCUGGUGAAUCUGGGAAAAGUACAAUUGUGAAGCAGAUGAAAAUUAUCCAUGAAGCUGGUUAUUCAGAAGAGGAAUGUAAACAGUACAAAGCAGUGGUCUACAGUAACACCAUCCAGUCAAUCAUUGCUAUCAUUAGGGCCAUGGGGAGGUUGAAGAUAGACUUUGGUGACUCAGCUCGGGCGGAUGAUGCUCGACAACUCUUUGUGCUUGCUGGAGCAGCUGAAGAAGGCUUUAUGACUGCAGAACUUGCUGGAGUUAUAAAGAGAUUAUGGAAAGAUAGUGGUGUACAAGCCUGUUUCAACAGAUCCCGAGAGUACCAGCUUAAUGAUUCUGCAGCAUACUAUUUGAAUGACUUGGACAGAAUAGCACAACCAAAUUAUAUCCCAACUCAACAAGAUGUUCUCAGAACUAGAGUGAAAACAACUGGAAUUGUUGAAACCCAUUUUACUUUCAAAGAUCUUCAUUUUAAAAUGUUUGAUGUGGGAGGUCAGAGAUCUGAGCGGAAAAAGUGGAUUCAUUGCUUCGAAGGAGUGACCGCGAUCAUCUUCUGUGUAGCACUGAGUGACUAUGAUCUGGUUCUAGCUGAAGAUGAAGAGAUGAAUCGAAUGCAUGAAAGCAUGAAGUUGUUUGACAGCAUUUGUAACAACAAAUGGUUUACAGAUACAUCUAUUAUACUUUUUCUAAACAAGAAGGAUCUCUUCGAAGAAAAAAUCAAAAAGAGCCCUCUCACUAUAUGCUAUCCAGAAUAUGCAGGAUCAAACACAUAUGAAGAGGCAGCUGCAUAUAUUCAGUGUCAGUUUGAAGACCUCAAUAAAAGAAAGGACACAAAGGAAAUAUACACCCACUUUACAUGUGCCACAGAUACCAAGAAUGUGCAGUUUGUUUUUGAUGCUGUAACAGAUGUCAUCAUAAAAAAUAAUCUAAAAGAUUGUGGUCUUUUCUAAGUUUUGUAGUUAAUGAUGAAAUGCAUUUUCAAACCAAAAGAGUGCUUGUAUAUGGAUCUGUCUAGGCUAGAGUCUUGCAGCAACACAGAAUGUAAUAUAUGGCAAAUGCAUCUGGGACUUGACCCAAGUUGUUCUGUUUUGUUUUUUUAACUGAAAGUAAUAGAAAGACCUUUCCUUAAUGUGAAAGAUGGUCCUGCAGUGUGAAACUGAACGACAAAGCUUGGCUCUAGUAUAUUGAUGAUUUUGGAAUAAGUGUAAAUAUGCAAAUGUAUGUAUACAUGUAUUUAUAACUUUAGUUUUCAACAUUACAUUACGUUUACAUUUUAAGAAUGGCAACUUAUGACUCUAGCAUGAUGGCAUUGGAAAUAACAAAUAUUAAGUACCUUGUACUGAGUGACAGACUAUUACUGUGUUUGCCGGUUUAAAAUGGCUUUAUUUAUGUUCAUGUCCUGUAAAUUUUUAAGUAUAGUAAGUAAUAUUGGGAAAUCUGGCAGCCUUUAUUUUGAUUAUAUGCGCACUUGUAUUCAUAAAAAUGUUAUUUGUACAAACAUUGCACAGACUAUUUUGAUAACAUGAUUUGUUCCUUAAAUUUAAUGUGUUUUACUGAAAUGUUCUUAAAAAGGAUGAAUAUAACUGCCUUUGGAUCAAUUAUUUAAACAUUUUAAUUAUUGUUUCAUUUUAAGGAAAUAAAAUAAUUUGAUUUUACAUUAGAUUCUACAUUAGAUUUGGUUUGAAAAACUAAAAUUUCAGAUUUUUAAGGAUAUACUAUCUUGGACUUACUAUAAGUGCUAAUUUUUAUUCAGUUUGUUUUCACUUUGAAUUUUAAUAUUUGGAUGGUAUUGAUGCAUUGCCUUAAAGGUGGUGCCAGAUUAAUUUUUAUACACUUUAGAUAACUACAUUUUUAUUUAUAACUAAGUUUAGGUGGUUGUUGAGAGCAUUUUUGUGGGUAAAAACAUGUCAGCAUAAUGAAUUUUGAGACAUUCAUUAGCGUAUUUCCUUUGAGAAAUCCCUUGUACUUAGCAUGCAUGAUAGUUCCUUGUUUGGAAAAUAACAAGAAAGAUCUUUCAAUACUCUGUUGCUGAUAUAAUUCAAUCUUUAAAUUGAUAUAUGUAACUUGUUUUGAAUUUAAUUAUCACACUAUGUUAAAGUUAUUAUUUUCCCUUAGAUAUUCAAAUUGCCUCCACCUGCUUCAGUUUAUAUUUCUUUUUAAGUUAUGCUAUUAUUUCUGAGAACCAAAUGGACAAUUAUACUUAGAAAAUGAGUAAUAGAAUUUAAUAAGGUCAGUGAUUGUAUGCUCGGAAAAGUGUUACAUAUCAGCAGAUAUUGAACUUUGAUAGAAUCAUUUUUCUUUUGAUUAUUCACGAUAUGUCUCUGUGACUUUCCGCAAAAUGAACAGCAUUCCCACCCCACCUCCCCUUUUUUGUUUAACUCAUCUUGAAACAAUUAGUCUUUCAGUAAGGUUUGCUGGUGAGUAGUUUCUUAGUUAUGUGUGGUCAUUUUGUUGAAGUAUGUGUAUGUGUGUGUGUGUAUAGGUAACCAUAAACUACAUUUGUAUGUUUCAUUUGGGGGAUUUUUUUUUCUUUGUAAUGUAAAGAAAUUAAAAGCUAUCAAAAUCCCUUAAAUGUGUUAGUUUAGAUUCUUUAUGUGCCUUUCAUGAAAGAUAUGUUUUCAUUAAUUUCACUGAUGGAAGACCUGUAAUAUACACAUUGUGAAGCUGUGUAUGAAACUUAAAUGUAAUAUGAAUAAAUUUGAAUCAUGAGAAAUAUGGUUUUAAAAGCCACAAAGAAGCACAUAUUGGUGACCAUCAUUGAUGAAUUUCUGAACUUUAUUCUGUGUAAUUGUGUUACUAAUAAAUCCUAAUAAAUUUAAAUUUUUAAAAUUUUA